AUGGCGCACGCUGUAGAAGCCGAAACUCCGCGGAAGGCGACCCGCGAGGAGAUGCGCGAUGCCAAACUGCCCAUGGCAUACCGAGACAGCUGCGCCAACUUGCUGAUCCCGCUCAAUCGGUGUCGCUUCGAGACGUACUACAUGCCCUGGAAGUGCGAGACCGAGAGACACAGCUACGAGAAGUGCCAAUACGUCGAGUUCAAGAAGCGUGUGGCCAAGAUGAACGAGCUCCGGGAGGCAAAGGAUGGCGCACGGAGCAACUGA